GCGCGCCCCUCGCCUCAGCACCUCCUCCGGCUGCGUCGCCGAAGUCUCGCGAGCCCGGCGAGCGGCACAUAAGCCACGCAGCCGAUACGCUGUUAACAACACUGGCGACCAUGCUGAUGACCAGGAUGGCGAUUCCAGCGAGCCAUGUCCUCCAACCGAUGAGCAAUUGGUUGCAGGGUUUUCAGAUGUUAUUCUGGCAACAAUUUUGGCAACCAAGUCUGAAAUGUGUGGCCAAAAAUUUGAACUGAAGAUUGAUAAUGUACGGUUUGUUGGGCACCCAACACUGCUACAGCAUGCUCUGGGGCAGGUCUCCAAAACAGAUCCCUCCCCGAAGAGGGAAGCACCUACUAUGAUUCUUUUUAAUGUGGUGUUUGCACUGAGGGCCAACGCAGACCCAUCGGUGAUAAACUGUCUGCACAACCUGUCCCGUCGUAUUGCCACUGUGCUGCAGCACGAGGAGCGCCGCUGCCAGUACCUCACCCGGGAGGCCAAGCUGAUCCUGGCGCUCCAGGAUGAGGUGUCCGCCAUGGCUGAUGGAAAUGAAGGUCCUCAGUCCCCAUUCCAUCACAUCCUGCCCAAGUGCAAGCUGGCCAGGGACCUUAAGGAAGCUUACGACAGCCUGUGCACGUCGGGCGUGGUUCGGCUUCACAUCAACAGCUGGCUGGAGGUGAGCUUCUGCCUGCCCCACAAGAUCCACUAUGCGGCCUCCAGCCUGAUCCCCCCAGAGGCCAUCGAACGGAGCCUGAAAGCCAUCCGCCCAUACCAUGCCCUGCUGCUGCUCAGUGACGAGAAGUCCUUGCUGAGUGAGCUUCCUGUCGACUGUUCCCCUGCCCUAGUGCGGGUGAUCAAGACCACAUCUGCUGUGAAGAACCUGCAGCAGUUAGCCCAGGAUGCGGACCUGGCCUUGCUGCAGUCCCCAGCAGUAGCUAUUUGGCAGAGGCCAUUGGGGACUGGCGUCAGGUUGGCCUCAAGCCAACCCAUCCUUUCCAGGCUCCUUCACUACUUCCGCGGCCGCCACCACCUGGAGGAGAUUAUGUACAACGAGAACACGCGGCGCUCCCAGCUGCUCAUGCUCUUUGACAAGUUCCGCAGCGUGCUGGUGGUGACCACCCACGAGGACCCCGUCAUUGCUGUCUUCCAGGCUCUGCUUCCCUGAGCUCAGGUGGAGGGUGGGAAGCUGCUGGGGUGUGCAGGUGGGCUCCCUCCCUGCUGAGGCUGACCCUCUUAGCCCUGAGGCCCAGCACUGGGUAGAUGCCAGCCCUGGCCUGACUGAAGGCCUACAGAGCCCCACUGUUCUGGCCAUGGGCGGUUCAGCUGCGGGGAUGCUGCCCUCUGUGCCCCUGCGCUUCCCUCCGGUCCUAGCUGCAUGCAUAGACAACUCCACGCUGGACGGAGCCUGCCAGGACACUUGUCCCUAGGUGAUGCUACAUCCUUUUAGGUCCAUGCAGGCUGUUGAUUUCUGAGACCCUCCUCCUGUCCCCAUACCUGCUCCCUGGAAACCCCCCGUGGCCACCCUGAAGAAUAUGCAGAAACACUUGUGUGGCCU